CCCCAUCCCCUCUGAUGGCGUACGUGCGGAAUGCAGGGCCGGUAGUGGCUGGCUUAUGAGAGACAUGGGGUGGUGACGUAGGCAGCUGGCUGGGAAAGGUCUUUUGGUUCACCUCCAUAAGUAAUGGUAGGAAGCAGUCAUACCGGCAUCUUUGCUUAAAGAGUGAACACCGGAGGAUAUAAAACGAACGAACAGAAGUGCCUUAUCGGACUUAUCAACUACAAGACGAGGAUGUCUCCCGCGGAGGACUGCGAGAAGGCCGUGCUCAGGCAGUGCAUGCAGGCCCGCUCCCAGCUGGAGACCGCCAUCGCCGGAGUGACCCGGGCCGAGGCCAUGCUGAGGGACAACUCCAGAGAGGUGAAGUCCCAGCUGCACAGCUGCAUCAGCAGACACCUGGAGUUCCUGCGCUCGCGCGAGGUCUGGCUGCUCGAGCAGAUCGACAUCGUCCAGCAGCUGAAAGAGGAGGCCCUGCAGCAGCAGCUCCAGCAGCUCCACUGGCUCCGGGGCCAGUUUGACACCCUGAUUCAUCAGCUGGAGAAUUCCAACAGCUACGAUCUGGCCAAUCAGCUCACCAGCUGCCUGGAGAAGUUAUCCACUCUUAACCUGAAGCCUGAGGAGACCCCCGAGAUGAGCUUCCAAGCUGACGUACUGUCUCUCCGCCAGGCCAUCACCUCCUUCGGGACCAUUUCCACACAGCAGAUGGACACCACUCCCAGCACCCUGAAGAGCACCAGCUAUGACAGACCCUGGCUGCAGCAAAGCUGUCCCCUCGCUGCCAAGAAGCAGAGGGUGGAGCCUGAGUGUGGGACACCCCUCGCUGAUUGGCUCCUCGGGAGCUGCCCAGUGUCCAGUGGUCCAAUUAUAUACCAGUCCAGCAAGAACCCUCAGGAUUGGCUGGUUACCUCUGUGGAGAGGACCCAGGCCACCCGUCCUCUGGUGCCGUUUGAUUUCCACAAGGCCUGGGGCCAGCUGAAGGACCUGGAGGCGUGGCUGGUGAAGGAGAAGGCCCCCGCCAGGGAGCGGACCAUGAGCACCGCCAGCACCAGCUCCACCUUCUCCAUCGAGAAGAUCGACGAGUCCGAGUUCAACCUCGCCAUGGAGGAUGAGGAGGAGCAGGGGGAGGAGGAGGAUGCGGCCGAGAUCAGCGACUGGCUCGUCACCCCGCACCCCGCCGCCGGGGAGAAGGGCGACGCCCCAGAGAGCGGCCUCUCGGACGCCGACAAGUGGAAGCAGGUGUUCCGGCCCUUCCAGGAGGGCUUCUCCUCCAGCGACUGGCUGCCCAAGUCCGACUGCGGCUCGUGCUGCGCCACCCGCACCACAGCGGUGGAGAUCGAGAACCUGGGCAAGCUCAAGUGCCUGAAGCAGAGCCCCCCCGCCUCGCCCGUUGCCCCCGCCCCCGCCGCCACCGAGGCCUGGCUGCUGCAGGCCCUGCCCGUCCACGUGGAGCAGGUGUGCAAGGCCAACGAGCCCUGCUCCAGCUUCUCCGACUGCGUCUGCGACGACAACUGCGGCAAGGAGGCCCUCAGCGCCUGGCUGCUGAAGAAGGAAGGGCGCGACAAGAACGGCGUCAUGACGGACAAGAACGGCGUCCCGACGGACAGGAAGGGCAAGGCGUCGCCCACCCAGCAGCAGAAGGUGGAGGCCAUCCUGGAGGCCUGGCUGCACCCGAGCCGGGCCGGCUCGCCCGCGCCGUCCUCCCUCUCCACCUGGGUGUCGCCCGCGUCCCGGGGCGAGGAGAAGGCCAGCCGGGAAGAGCGCAGCUGCCAGUUCAAGAGCGCCCCGUCGGAGAACCCCUUCUACGGGCCCCUGCAGACGGAGGAGUGGGUGAUUCCCGCCAAAAAACACAGUCCCGGUCCCAGCGAGACGCAGUGCCACGUGGACACAAAGACGGGCAGUGACACGGAGGAGGACAAGUGGCUAAUGCGCAAGAGGGCCCAAGUUCAGGAGCGGUAUGGCCUUCCUACAGUAUGUGACCUGUUUGCCUGUAUGAAGCUGGGUGGAGACAAAGAGAAAUGGCUGCACAGUGCCCCUAUACAGAUGUGAAAUCCAGAUUAGUUAGCUAUUGAAGAUUGUAAGGAGCCACUGAAUUGCUGAUCAUCGCACACAAACAUCGCCAAUCGCCUUUCCUCGCAGCUCUGUAGGGACUGGAAUGCUUUCUGUCUUUCUCUCUCCCUGAGUAGUGGGGUUUUUAUGUUUCCGGACGUCCACAGAAAGGCGGUCUCUCCUCCUUGGGCUGAAACGCAGGCGGAGGCAGAGACCCGUGAGACCCGCCAGUCUGGCCCAAGCGAGCUCUCUGCUGAUUGCGCACAGUCUGCGAAAGCCUCUGAUUCAGCUAACAGGGUCCUCACGGCAGCACACCGAGCAAGCAGGGCCUCGGAGAAACGCACAACCCUCCGCGGUCCUCUCUGUAUAAGCUAACGAUCGAAGCGAUUCGAUACCUGUCUGAAAAAAAAAAAAAAAGCUCUCAUCCCAGAACAGCCUAAGGGGCUCGCUUGGACCAGACCAAGGCUCACAUGUGACCAAGCUCUCGAGAGUCACCAUUUGGGGAGGUGACAGUUCGGAUGGGUGGGAAUAAAUUUAAGGAUAUUUAUUUUAAUCAGCUGUCUUAAAAAAACUUUUUUUAAACUUUAAAGAGUUAUUCACUCUACAGCGUAUGGGGGGACAGCCACUUUUGCUCAUCUGUGCAGUUUGAAAAUGCCAAUUUUUUUUUUUCUUUUCACUUUUUUGUUCGUGUUUCUUUCCCUACCUAAAACAGAGUAGCAUGUGACAGGCUGUGUAGUCACUCUAAUUGAUUUUUAUUUGAUUUUUAUUGGUAUGAAUACCAAUUACCCUGGUCUUGCAGUGUCUUACGGCAUUGGCGUCCUUGCAGCAUACUGUUGACAGGCACAGCUUACAGCAUUGAAUUAACGGAAAAUUUGAAGGUGAAAUAGUUCUGUCUUGUUGCUGUGAAGGAGUCUAAUACCACAGAGUAAUUAAGGUGUGGAGUGGGUGCUAAAUAAUCCCAGAUAUAUGCAUUAUUGGAAUUCUGUAACCAGCUAUUUUUUUUGUUUUUACGUCAUGCUCAAAGUUUGCCCUGUUGUGUUCCGCACACCAGCUUUAUUGGUCAUGCACAUUAGUCCAAGACAUGUUCCAUCAGCUGUGAAAAGAAUUUGCGCGUGGAGCAUCGCAAGCACAGUUCUGACUCGAUCUUCAGUCACGAUGUGCAUUUAGCGCACGUCUCCUUUGGCAUGGCCAAAAAGCUGGGUUUGGGAGCGCAAUAAAGCGGACAUUCAGCAUGUAGUAACAAAAGGAAUUUAAAAUCAAAACUAUAAUCGUGAAUAUUAAUGCUUUAGCUUAUAUUACUGUGUAACAGGUAGCUCUAAUAAACAUGCUUUAAAUGUUUGAUCUUUGCAUACAAAGGUGGGUGAGGAUGUUAUAACAAUAACUACCAAGAUCAGCCUCGGUCUUAGAUCCUUCCUGUUCCAGUGAGAUGUUGCUGGCGGGACAGCUAGGGACUCAAAUUCUACUACCUGUGAUUCUGUACUUCACCCUGGACCUCGUUGGCCUGUUCAGGGCACAGCAGCCAAGCUGUUGAGUUGACCUGGAUGCCGUUAUGUCCGUCCUCAUCCUCUUGCACUCUCUCCCUCUGUGUACCCUGGGUAGCCUCUGCCAUACCCCAGAGCUACAUAUACAAAGUUCUUUGGUCGUAUUUAAGACUAGAUAGAGCUCUUCACAUUAUUGCUAUACAAGUCCUUUCCACUGCUGUGGUAUCAAUUACCAUAUGUAACUCUUAAUAAAAACAAGGGGGAAAAAA